AUGGGUAUUUCUCGUGAUUCCCGCCACAAGCGCUCGGCCACCGGUGCGAAGAGGGCCACCUACCGCAAGAAGAGAGCUUUCGAGAAAGGUCGUCAGCCAGCCAACACUCGUAUUGGCCCUAAACGAGUUCACCUUGUCCGCACCCGCGGUGGAAACACCAAGUACCGUGGUCUCCGUCUCGACUCCGGUAACUUCUCCUGGGGAUCAGAGGGUAUCUCCCGCAAAGUUCGCGUGAUCGUCGUCGCCUACCACCCUUCCAACAACGAACUUGUCCGUACAAACACCCUCACCAAGUCUGCCGUCGUCCAGGUCGACGCCGCCCCCUUCAGACAAUGGUACGAGGCACACUACGGCCAGCCCAUCGGCCGAAGACGCCAACAAAAAACCGAGGCCACUGAGGAGAAGAAGAGCAAGAGUGUUGAGAGCAAGCAAGCUGCCCGAUUCGCUGCCUCUGGUAAAGUUGAGCAUGCUUUGGAGCGUCAGUUCGAGGCCGGUCGUCUUUAUGCUGUUGUCUCGUCUCGUCCCGGCCAGAGCGGUCGUGUUGAUGGAUACAUCUUGGAGGGUGAGGAGUUGGCAUUCUACCAGCGUGCUAUCAGGAAAACUAAGACAAAAUUGAGACCAUCAACACAUCAACACCACCACCCAAAGACAGAAUCAAAAAUGACCAAAACAACCAAAACCCGAAUCUGCGUGAUCUCAGACACCCACACCCUAACACCCCACCAAUCCUCCAACACUCACUACGCCUACAGACACCCCUUACCCAAAUGCGACAUCUUCCUGCAUGCAGGCGACCUGACCAAAAUCGGCCGACAAGCCGAACACGAAUUCAUAGUAGACAUGCUGAAACGGGACGUGGAUGCCGAGAUCAAGAUUGUCAUUGCUGGAAAUCAUGAUAUUUCGCAUGAUAGGAAGUAUUAUUCUGUGAAGGGGGUGAUGAGGCAUGGUUCAGCGAGGCAGGAGAAUGUGGAUGAUGUUAGAGCGUUGUAUACGGACGAAUCUGCUAGACAGGCAGGGAUAGUAUACAUGGAAGAAGAGGUUCGCACUUUUACUCUGCCGAAAACAGGUACGAAGUUCACUGUGUACGCAUCUCCGUAUACGCCUGAAUUCGGUGGGAUGGCUUUCUCAUAUGAGAGGGACGAAGAUAGAUUCAAUCCUAGCUCUGGGCCGAUAUCAUCUACCGUCAAACAGUUUGUGCCGGAUUUUCCGGGGGUAGAUAUUAUGCUUACUCAUGGACCCCCAGCCGGGAUAUUGGAUAAGGUCUACAUGGGGAUUAUGAGUGUUGGAUGUGAGAAUCUUCUCAAGGCGUGUCGGCGUGCGAAGCCGAGGUUACAUGUCUUUGGACAUAUCCAUGAAGCGUACGGUGCUGUGCGGCGUGAUUGGAGUACCGACAAAGACACCGAAGUUGAAAAGGAAGACAUCGAGACGGUUUUGGAGAAUAGAUGCCGUUAUAUCGACAUGUCCGCUGAUAGUGAUGCGCCGCUCAGUUUUGGGAAGGAGACGUUGUUUGUGAAUGCGAGUGUUGUCACGUUGGAAUAUCAUGCUGGUAAUGCGCCGUGGGUGGUUGAUUUGGAUCUACCUGCUGCUUAA